AUGUCUGGUAAACCUCCCGUGUAUCGUCUGCCUCCUUUGCCGAGAUUAAGGGUGAAGAAACCUAUUAUAAAACAAGAGCCAAAUAGAUGUCUCGUUCUCAUGUCCAACCUUUUACAAUGCUGGUCAUCAAAUGGUCAUAUGAACCCUGUAUGCAACAGUCUGGUCACUGAACUGAAAGCAUGCACUAUGAAACCAAUGCAAACUAAUAAGGAACAGAAAAGCAAUAUUAACUACCAUGCCGCAAGACUAUAUAACAAAAUCAGUGGUAAACCGAACGACUAG